AUGUUCAAAACAAAACAUGAGGAAAUGUUUGUCAGCUGUCAAUGGCUGAAGGAUACGAUAGCCAAGGGAUGCCAUGCCGGGGAUAUCGUCAUCUUAGACGUGUCAUGGGCGAGUGACGGGAACAUGGAAGAGGAGUAUCGAAGAGGGCAUAUCCCUGGAGCUCGAUAUUUCCAUAUAAUGGAUGACAACCACACGGAGAUGUACCCUCGGAACAUCCCAUCACCGGAAAACUUCCAGAGACGGGCUCGACAAGUAGGGAUAAACAAUAACUCGCACCUAGUGUUGUACAGCAAUUCACAACACUGUGGUUUGUUUGCAAGUGGACGGGCUUGGUGGACUUUCACGUAUUUUGGGCAUCGUCAUAUCAGUGUUCUCGAUGGUGGAUUGACUAAAUGGAUUAAAGAAAAUGGAGACAUUGUCAAAGACUGUCCAACACAUAGCGUGGGGAACUUUUCUGUCGAAGUUCAUAAAGAAAUAAGGGUGGAGUUCGACGAGAUGAUCCAAUUUGUAGAAAAGCAGGGUCAGAUAAUUGAUUCGCGAGCCAAUGAUAAACUUAAUUUGGAAGAUCCAUCCUCGUACAUCGGAAACGCUAUCAAUAUUCCAAUGAGUUUUUUGGUAAAUGACGACACCAUCAAGCCAAAGGAGGAACUUCAAUCUUAUCUAGUUGAGCAGGGUGUGAACCUUUCUGAUUCUGUAGUUUGCUACUGCAACAGUGGAAUGUCUUCAUGCAGUCUGACAAUGGCAAUACUCUACUGUGGAGGCCAAGCAAGAUUGUAUACUGGUGGUUAUAAUGAAUGGAAAAGAAGAGACAAACUGUAAUACACAGGAUUUGACAGGGAUUAGAUUUCAUUCGACACCUGUGAUAGUACUUUGAUUUAUUGAAAAUCAAUUCAUCAAUAAUACAAUGCAGCAGCAGCGUCAAGUGUAUCUACAACACCAAUAAUCUACAUUUAGGACGAUCUGAAUGGUAUACUGGUAUAAUGAAUAUGGUUGUAGCAGUAUCAAUUAAAAAUAAACUGUGAAAAUGUC